UCCCUCCUGGGGUUUGAGCGGAACCAACCUCACCCGCGGGUAGAAAGCGUCAGCCCAGCGCAGCCUCCCGGAGGGAUAGCCGUUCCGAGGGAGAAGACUUGAGCGGUAGAAUGGCCUUUGUGGUGGUGAUGGUGAAGACCUUUAAGUUCAAUAUCUGGAAAACUGCAAGACUUUCAUUUGCUUUUAGUUGCAACAGUCAUUUUCGGGCAGUCAACCAUUUUUUGGCUCAGGAGAAGGAGCCAUCGCAAUCUUCAUCACCUGCGGGGUUCGGGAAUGAAGGAAAUUCACAGCACCACGGCAGCCACCAGCUUCCAGUGUCGGGACUUGGGGAUGCUGCUGCACGAGUGAUCCCCAAAUCACAUCCUCCUCCCAAAAGCUAUAAAGGCCUCGCCCCUCAGAAGAAUUUGCGGGGGCAGUGGAAGUCUAGAAAGAGAAGCACUGAGCAGGCUGCAUCUUCCAGUGAGGAAUUUAGGAACCUGAGAGAGGAUGACUUUUCAAAACAGCAGAAAAGACCAGUGCCAAAGCCUAUGUCCAUUGAAAGGACCAAAGGUUCGGAGAUCUUGUUUGGCAUUGCGCCCUGCUCCCUGGCUUUCUCGCAGUCAAAGAGGGACUUUUUCCAGUUGUUCCUCAAGUCGGACAGCAGCUGCGCACGGCCUGUGAUGGAAGAGUUUGCCCAACGAGCUAAGGCCUGCGGGGUCCCCGUGCACCAUGUCAGAAGGCAGGUGCUGGAUGCUCUUUGCAAAGGUCGUGUCCACCAGGGAGUUUGCUUAGAGGCCACUCCUCUCCAUCUUAGCAGCUUGGAAGAAACUGAAGCUUCCCAGGUUGGUCUGGGCACACAGCUGCUUUGGCUGGUGCUGGAGCAGAUACAGGAUCCUAUGAAUCUGGGUGCAGUGCUGCGUUCUGCGUACUUCUUAGGAGUUGACAGAGUGGUGACCAGCCAAAAGGACAGCUGCCCCCUUACUCCUACGGUGAGCAAAGCAAGCUCUGGAGCCAUGGAAGUUUUGGAAGUAUAUAGCACAGAUAAUCUCCAGAGAUUUCUGAAGGCUAAAACUGAAGAAGGCUGGGAAGUCAUAGGAACAGUCAGCAAAUCUGAGGUGGAGGAUAAGGUCCCCGUCAUCAGCUGCAUAGAGUUUCACUGGAAUAAACCCACUGUUUUAGUAUUAGGGAACGAAGGGUAUGGGCUAUCUUCGGAGACACGAAGUUUGUGCCACAGGAUGCUAAUCAUCCCUCCUGGAAGAAUGUUGCAGCCUGGGAUUGAAUCAUUAAAUGUUUCUGUUGCUACUGGGAUUCUCUUGCAUUCUAUAUGCAGCCAAAAAAUAAAGUAACGGAAUAUGAUUUUACCGUGAUUUGCGUAGAUCUUUAAAAAUCCAACCUUUUUGAGCAGGGAAAACAGUUCAGUGUUGUGUGGCUUCACUGACAAUCAGUAGAGGCAGACACCCUGUUGCACUUUCCAGAGUCUUUGUACAGCUGUGAGCUCCUGAGAAGCUAAGAAGAAAGUAAACACUGAAACUUCUGCUGUAGAAUGUUCAACUUAAACUUUAGAAGAUUCCAGAUACCAUUCCAGGUUAUGUCCAAUGUCCUGCACUCCAGGUUGUCUCUGCACAAUGUUCCACCUGAGUAUUGGAUGCAGUGGCUUCAUCAUGCUGUGUUUACAGACUGCUAAAAGCUCCAGGAACCUGUUGAAUACAUAAACUCCAAGAGACAAGAUUAAAAGAAAAUGUGACAGAGAGAAAGCUAGAUUUUAAAAACAGGGAGCCAAAUCUCUCUCUGUUUACUGAUGCAAAACAGCCAUUAAAAUAAAUGAACCUUCGUUUUUUUUUUUUUUUACACUAACACUCCUUUACAGAACUCAUUCCCAGUGAGAUCUUUGCUGGAAUAAGGACUGCAGAAUUGGGCCUAUUCUGUAUUUUUUUCAUAGUGUGAUGGUGUUUCCCAUUCCACAUCACUGUUUGAACAUCUGAAAACAUGUUGCAUUGAAUUUGACUGUAAAAUAGGUCGGUGAACUCAAUCGUGUGACAGAUGUGACCUAUAAUGAAACUCAGUUGAGGGGGAAAAAAGUAACCCAUUGAAAUAAAACUGUCUAAAGAUUUGUCGU